CCACCCAGAGACUACAGACGUGUACGACAAGAAGAACAUGCCAAGAGCUGUCUACUGCAUCCAUGCUCUCAGCCUGUACCUGUACCGAUUGGGUCUGGCUCCUCAGAUCCAAGACCUUUACGGGAAGGUGAAGUUCACUGAGGAGGAAAUCAGCAACAUGAAGCUGGAGCUGGAUAAAUAUGGGAUCCAGAUGCCGGCGUUCAACAAGAUUGGAGGAAUCCUGACCAACGAGCUGUCAGUGGACGAGGCUGCAGGCCAUGCGGCAGUGAUUGCCAUUAACGAGGCGUUGGACCACGGGCAGACAGAGGUGCUGGCAGCGGCACUGAGGAACCCAAACGCUCAGCUGAGCGGCCUGCAGGAGGCGCUGAUGAGCAUCUACCAGGAGCUACUGCUGCAUGCCAGAGCCAGCAAGAAGGAGAGGGCGGCAAACAGGUGUGGAGGAUCGGAGGAGAAAGAUAUCUAUGAGGAGUUUCUGACUCGCAGAGAGAUCCAGGACAGCAUCAACCUGGUGAACGUGCGCUGGGCAUUGGAGCAGGUGGACGAGGCUCUCGACGCUGCAGAUGAAAUCUCUCUGCUCUCCGCUCUGCAACUGCCAUGUUUGGCUCUCAGAGGCCUCCGUACUGAAAAUGGUCCCUGGUACCUGGAGCAGCUGUCAGCUGACCGCCAGCAGAAGGCCCUGGCUGAAGGCUGUGUGGAUCCUCUGGAGCCGGAGGAGCUGCAGGAGGGAGUCAGUGUCUCCAACAAGGAGGUUCAGAGAGACCAGAGCAUGCAUGUAGCUCUGCAGAAUGUGAACACCUGUCUGCGUCUCAGUGACCCACGGCAGACCCUCAGUGCUCUGAUGACCCCUGACCUCCAGCUGCCCGAGGUCUUCCCCUCCGCUGCCACCCUGUACCACCGAGAGCUGCAGCUGCUGCAGAGACGCACUGCAGAGGGGGCGCUGCAGCAGGAGGAGCUGUUUGUUGCCAUGGAGAUGCUGUCAGCUGUCGCUCUCAUCAAUCAGGUGCUGGAGGCGGGACAUAUGCAGGAGUUCAGCUUCUCAUUGGUCAGUCCGUCUGCUGGUCUAUCGGAGGUGGAACCCACCCUGCUGCACAGGUACUUUGAGAGUCUGCUGUUGAAGCAGCAGCAGAGCAGAGAGCUGCUGACCUGGAAUCAGCUGCAGGAAGAAAUCAGCAUCGUCAAUGAGUCAGUGCAGGACGAGCACCAACAGCUGCAGUGUGUGGGGCUGAUCAAUUCGGCAGUGCUUAGAGGAGACGCUCAGCAGCUGCUCUCUGCUCUGCUGCUGCCCUCCUGUGAACUGGAGGACGUUCUGCCUGCAAACAGCUGCAGAUACAUGACCCGGCUGACCAGAGCCCGGCAGCACCGAGCCCAGGUGAGCAGGGAGCCAGGCACUGAGCUGUGGUUGGCUGACAUCCAGGAAGCUGUGAGGAUAGCCAAUCAGGAGAGUCAGAGAGCCCUGAAGUUGGGUCUGGCGCUGGCUGCAGUGAACCAGGCGGUGAAGGAGGACAAAGUGAAGCAGACUCUGCGUGUCCUGAUGUUACCUGAGCUGCAGCUGCAGGAAGUCCUCCCCUGUUGCUCUGCGCAGUACCAGAGAGAGCUGCACUGCAGGGUGGAAACCAGGAGCCUCUCAGGUGACAGCAGGAGUCCAUGGGUUCGCAUCCGGCUGGAGGACGGGUCUUGGUACUACCUGCACCUGACACGACUGGAGGGUGUCUGGGAGCAGCCUGCCGGCUUCAGGCAGAACCCUGUGUUCCUGGUACGGGAGCAGAUACAGGAAGUGGUGAGCAGCAUCUCGGCCUCGUACCGCCGCAGUGCCCUUUGGAGGGGCAGUGAAGCCCUCAUCACUCGUCUGCAGGCGCUGAGUCAAGGCUUCCUGCUCAGACAGCAGCUACAGGCUCGCCGCCGUUACCUUGGCAACAACACAGCCUCAGUGGUCAUCAUACAGGCUCACUGGAGGAGGGUUCUGCAGCAGAAGACGUACCAGCAGCGGCUGCAGUUCCUCUACCGGAACUGGAGAGCCGUGGUCAAGAUCCAGGCGGCGGUGAGAAUGUGGUCGGCACGCAGGAAGUACAGAGCUCGGCUGAGCUUCUUCAGGCGUCAGGUGGGCGCUGUAGUGAAGAUCCAGGCCUUCUUCAGGGCCAGCCGGGCGCGGGGGGAGUACAGAAUGCUAGUGCACACGGCGACGCCCCCCCUGUCGGUGGUCAGGAAGUUCCUCCAUCUGUUGGACCUGGGAGACGGUGACAUCAGAGAGGAGGCGGAGCUUCUGCGUCUGAGGGAGGAGGUGGUGAGGAGCAUCCGGUCCAACCGGCAGCUGGAGGCUGACCUGCACCUGAUGGACCUGAAGAUCGGCCUGCUGGUGCGCAACAGGGCCACGCUGCAGGAAGUGGUGUCUCACUGUAAGAAGCUGACGAGGAAGAACAAGGAGCAGCUGUCGGACAUGAUGGACGUGGACAGGAGCAAAGGUCUGAAGGCUCUGAGCCGCGAGAGGAGGGACAGACUGGAGGCCUACCAGCACCUGUUCUAUCUGCUGCAGACGCAGCCCCUGUACCUGGCCCAGCUGAUCUUCCUGAUGCCUCAGAGCCGCUCCACCUGCUUCAUGGAGAUGUUGGUGUUCAGCCUGUUUAACUACGGCUCCGACUGCAGGGCUGCAUUCCUGCUGCUGCAGCUGUUCACAGAGGCGCUGCGCUACGAAAUCAGACUGAAGGUGGAGCAGCCUCAGGACGUGGUCACUGGGAACCCCACCGUCAUCAAGAUGAUGGUGAACUUUUACCGCAGCGCCCGUGGACAGAGCACCCUGAAGGAGGCCCUGGGCCCCGCGCUGCAGGACAUCCUGCAGGACCCCCCCCCCAGCAUCAGGACCGACCCCGUGGAUGUCUACAAGACAUGGAUCAACCAGACGGAGACCAAGACCGGGACCAGGAGCUCUCUCCCGUAUGAGGUCUCUGCCGCCGACGCCCUCCUCCACCCGGAGGUUCAGAGACGCAUCGACGUGGCCCUCAUCAACCUGGAGAAUCUGACGGAGCGAGUGUUCAAGGCCAUCACCUCCAACCUACACAGACUACCAUAUGGUCUGCGCUACAUGGCGAAGGUCCUGAGAGACGCUCUGCAGGAGAAGUUCCCUGAAGCCAGCGAGGACGAGCUGUACAAGAUCGUGGGGAACCUGGUCUACUACCGCUACAUGAACCCGGCCCUGGUGGCCCCGGACGGCUUCGACGUGUUGCAGCGCAGCGCCGGCAGCAGCCUGCAGCCCGAGCAGCGCCACCUGUUGGGCUGCAUUGCCCGCAUGCUGCAGCACGCUGCCGCUAACAAGCUGUUCCCUGGGGAGGGAAGCCACCUGAAGACCCUGAACCAGUUCAUCAGCCAGACCCACGUCAAGUUCAGGAAGUUCCUGCGUGGUGUGUGUGACGUCCCUGAACCCGAGGACAGGUUCAACAUGGAUGAGUUCUCUGAGCUGCUCAUCGUCAACAAACCUGUUGUCUACAUCUCCGUCAGCGAGCUGCGCAACACACACCAGCUGUUGUUGGAGCACCAGCAGAUUUUGUGUCCCGACCCCUCAGACCCCCUCAGGCAGCUGCUGCAGGACCUGGGCUCAGUGCCCAGCCUACAGGAGCUCAGUGGUGACGCCUCCGCUGACGGAGCCUCGGAGGUUUCUCUGACGCUCACCAACAAGUUUGACAUCUUCAACGAGUCCAACGACAAACCAGACGCCAGAGGCCUGCUGCUCAGCACCAAGCAGCUGGUCCUCGAUGUCAUCAGGACGCAACCGGGGGACUCUCUGAGAGACAUCCUGAGGGGUGGCGUGUCACAGAACCAGGAGCUGAGCCAUGAUUGGCUGCUGCAGCGGCGUGCGCAGCAGGAUGCGCGGCGGCCGGAGCUACUGCAGAGGAACGAGUCCCUGGCUGCUAACGGGCGGCUGCGUCUGCAGGAGAAGAAGAAGAAGAUCCUCAGGAACCUGCGCAUGCUGCAGGGGUUGGGGGUCCUGAGGGGGGGGGGCGAGGACCACAUGCUGCAGAUCAUCGCCAAGGACAUCCGUCAGCAGCGGCUGCACCGUCAGCGGCGGGGGGGGGAGCUGCAGAAGCUGCGUCAGACUCUGAGCAGCCUGCAGCUGAAGAGCAGCCACCACUGUGAGCAGGUGGACUACUACAGGCAUUACAUCACUUCCUGUCUGGACCAGCUGACCACAGACAGUAAAUCGACCAAUAAGAAGGCAGCAGAGAGGAAGAAGAAGCUUCCUGCUCUGAGCUACAGUGCUGCCCGGCUACAGGAGAAGGGAGUGCUACUGGAGAUCCAGGACCUGCCGCCAACACAGUUUAAGAAUGUGGUCUUUGACAUCGUGCCCGGCCCGGAUAGAGGGAGUUUCACCGUCAAAGCCCGGUUCCUGGGGGUGGAGAUGGAGGAGUUUCUGCUGCAGUACCAGGACCUGCUGCAGAUGCAGUAUGAAGGCGUGGCAGUGAUGAAGAUGUUCGACAAAGCGAAGGUCAACGUCAACCUGCUCAUCUUCCUCCUCAACAAAAAGUUCUUCAAGAAAUGAUCCGAGUGAAGCUCUUACUGUACACUCCUAUCUCUGAUGAUGAUCUACAGCAGAGUGAAGCUCUUACCUUCUCUCUCCUAUCUCUGAUGAUGAUUUACAGCAGAGUGAAGCUCUUACCUUCGCUCUCCUAUCUCUGAUGAUGAUUUACAGCAGAGUGAAGCUCUUACCUUCUCUCUCCUAUCUCUGAUGAUGAUUUACAGCAGAGUGAAGCUCUUACCUUCUCUCUCCUAUCUCUGAUGAUGAUUUACAGCAGAGUGAAGCUCUUACCUUCUCUCUCCUAUCUCUGAUGAUGAUUUACAGCAGAGUGAAGCUCUUACCUUCUCUCCUAUCUCUGAUGAUGAUCUACAGCAGAGAGGUUUUUAUAUCACUACGUAUCAAUCAUAAGCUUUAUUGACACUUGUUGUUAUUGUUGUUACAUUAUCUCCAAAGCUGAGUUAUAUAAUAAUGCGUUAUUACACUUUAUUAAUGGAACAACAUAGAUGAAUAAGAUGACUCAGCUUCUAUACACUCCUAUCUCAUAUCUCACUACAGAGUGAAGCAUCUUCACCACAGUUCUCUCUUUGUAACGAGCUCUGAACUCCAUCUGUUCUCAACAGAGUGAACAAACUAAACAAACAUCCGUUUCUGACAACAACUGUAAAUAUUUUCUGCCACUUCCUGUUUGUUUUUCAAUUCCUGCUUGUUUUCUUUUAGGUUAAAUGUUUUUAGCUCAUUAAAUACCUGAAGCUCUUUA